AUGUGGCUACCCUUUGCUAUAUUGUUUUUGUGCAUGUUGCAGUUGGCUGUUUGUGCUGAAGAUUUCUAUAAGCUUCUGGGUAUAGACAAGCAAGCUUCAGAACGAGAUAUCAAGCGCGCAUAUCGGACUUUGAGCAAGAAGUAUCACCCAGAUAAGAAUCCAGGUGAUGAAUCAUCCAAGCAAAAGUUCGUCGAAAUCGCCGAAGCCUACGAAGCUUUGUCUACACCCGAAACCCGCAAAAUCUAUGAUCAAUAUGGUCAUGAGGGAUUGAAGCAGAGACAGCAAGGAGGAGGAGGUGGCGGACACCAUGAUCCAUUCGAUUUAUUCUCGCGAUUCUUUGGCGGAGGAGGACAUUUCGGACAUCAACCGGGCCAAAGACGAGGACCAGAUAUGGAAGUACGAGUCGGCAUACCCCUUCGCGAUUUCUACAAUGGACACACCACCGAAUUUCAACUCGAGAAACAGAUGAUUUGCGAAGAGUGUGAAGGAUCCGGAUCCGCAGACGGCCAAGUCGAUACCUGUAACGCAUGUCACGGGCACGGAGUGCAAGUAAAGAAACAUCAACUGGCCCCCGGAAUCUUCCAACAAGUCCAAGUAAAAUGCGAACACUGCGACGGCAAAGGCAAAACUAUCAAACACAAAUGUCCUCUCUGUUCCGGCUCACGCGUCAUCCGCAAACUGCAAACAUACCAACUAAUAAUCGAGCGCGGCGCCCCCAAAGGCCAAACCAUCAACUACGAGAACGAAGCCGACGAAUCGCCCGACUGGGUGGCCGGUGACUUGCACGUCACAUUAGUGGAAAAGGAAGCGAAUCUAGAAGAAGACAACGAGCUAAAAGUCGACGGGACAUUCUUCCGUCGCAAAGGCAAUGAUUUGCAUUGGCGAGAAAUGCUUUCACUAAGAGAAGCGUGGAUGGGAUCCUGGACGCGAAAUUUGACGCAUUUGGAUGGACACAUUGUGCAGAUAUCGCGCGAACGGGGACAAGCGAUUCAGCCGGGACACGUGGAACAUGUGAAAGGAGAGGGAAUGCCCAAGUGGCAUGAGGAUGGCGAUAGCGCGUAUCAUACGACGGAAUUUGGCGAUUUGGUGGUAGAAUAUACGGUGGUGUUACCGGAUCAGAUGGAGAAGGGUAUGGAGAAGGAUUUUUGGGCGUUGUGGGAAAAGUGGAGGAAGAAGAAUGGUGUGGAUUUACAAAAGGAUAGUGGAAGGCCGGAAACAGUUGUUGGAGCUGGGGCUGGGGGGAAGGAUGAACUGUGA